AUGACUGGGGAGAGGAAAUGUUCCUUUUUUCUAGGGUACUCCAGGGAACAGAUCCAGUGGAGACAGGGGGUGGGGCACGUAGCUCAGAGGAUUAGAGCAUGUGGAAGGUCAUUUUGUGCUCCUUUUCCAUCAUUCUAUUCACUGGGAGCUUCACUAAACUUGAAUUACUACAAGAAGACAUGCCCUGAUGAAGAGUUCAUAGUUGCAGAAGCACUCACGAAUGUAAUCAUGGAAGACAAAACAGUAGCUGCAGCCUUACUCAGAAAGCAUUUUCAUGAAUGUUUCAUAAGGGUACGUAGGAAAUCAUCUCCUUUAAAGCUGUCUAUAAUCCAAUCAUAUACCUAUGUAAUUGACAAUCCCAAGAAAGAAUUGGGAGCUGUGUGUUCUGGUGUGGCAUCAUCAAUUGCUGAUAUCUUGGCUCUUGCUGCCAGAAAUGCAGUUGGUCUUUUGUGGAGGUCCAGUGAAACAAGACAAUUGCCAUCCUCGACCUUUGGCACAUCUCAGCUGCAACAAAGCUUUUCUCAGAGAGGUUUAUCCAUGAAUGACCUAGUGGGUCUUAUGCAGUAUAAUCCACAAUUUCAACGCCACAAACGAAGUAGAUCCUUCAAUGCAUCCAUCCUCUGCAGAAAGCUUAAAGACAGUGUGGAAAAUGCAUCCUCUUCAGACCAAGCUCUACUCAGUACUCCUAAGACUAAAGACUUGGUCCCUAAGUUUGCUAGUUCACAAGGAGCUCUCUCAGAGGCCUUCAUGAACUCCAUGAUCAAGAUGAACAGCAUGACAGGUGGACAGGAGCUGACCCCAGCCUUUUGUGAUAAAAACUUGGAUGAAGACCUUUUAUUUGUCAGGGACAAUGAUCACCUUUACAAAAGGUUUGCUCCUAACCAUUUCGUCCUCAGGGCAGUGAUUGGAAAUUGGAAUCCCUCCCAUCUCCAAAUAAAAGAGAAGAAAAACAAACCGAUCAAUUGA